GGGGGGCUUACUCUCAUCUCUCUAGUGUAGACCUAGGGGGUGUAAGGGAGGGAGGGGGCUUACUCUCAUCACUCUAGUGUAGACCUAGGGGGUGUAAGGGAGGGAGGGGGCUUACUCUCAUCUCUCUAGUGUAGACCUAGGCGGUGUAAGGGAGGGAGGGGGCUUACUCUCAUCACUCUAGUGUAGACCUAGGGGUUUAAGGGAGGGAGGGGGCUUACUAUCAUCAAUCUAGUGUAGACCUAGGGGGUGUAAGGGAGGGAGGGGGCUUACUAUCAUCAAUCUAGUGUAGACCUAGGGGGUGUAAGGGAGGGAGGGGGCUUACUCUCAUCUCUCUAGUGUAGACCUAGGGAUAUAAUAGGGGAUUGAUACCAAACCUUGACUUGUCACAGGCAGGGCACCACAAUGUUUUACACAUAACACUAACACAUAUCAAUUAAUACAAUAUGUUAUUGCUAAAUGGUAUAUCAUAAAUUAUAAAUUUCUCCACAAUACCAUCAUUUUGUAUUGAAACACUGUAAUGCAACAAAAAGGAUACACCUGUGAAUUCUUUACAAUUGUCUUUAAAUUAUGAAUGAGAUGAACAUGAAGUGAUGUAAAUGAUUACAAAAAAAGUUUAUGUUUAUAACGCCUCCAUUAUAUUUUUUUUAAAGGCAAAAGUAAAUAGCUUUAAAUUUAUUUGCAGGAAACAUGCAAAUAUUCCAAGUUAGCAAUUAAAAAUGAGAAAGCAAAUAAAAGAUAUAUUUAAACUCCAGCCUUAAUUCAUGUAAAUAUGUAAUGAAAUGUUAAACACAUCUAAUAUCACAUGUUCAGCUCUCCAGAGCACCUUAACGUAUUUAUGUAAAACAAAAUUUAUUUAGCGAAAAUUCCUUAGGUUUCAAUUUGAUAGUUAUAAUGGUAAUAAUGUAUUACAAAGCUAUACAGGAAAAAAAACUGUAGAUUUGUCCACCAUUGAAAUUCUUAGUUACAGACAUAAUAAUACAUAAAAUAGAACUAAGAUCAGAAAUACUUGUUUGUCUGGUUACAUAUAUAUACUUAGUUCUUACAGAUCUGUCUAAUAUUCUUUUAAAAUAUUAACCAAGUAUUCAACAUAUUCAAAACAAAUCUACUGUUUUAUUUCUGAAAAAAACCUAUCAAGCUGAAAAGCUAAUAUGACAACUGGGAUAUAUAACUAAAUACUUGGUCAUCACAGUAAUACAAUAUAUACAUGCACCACCACUCAAAGCAAGCCAACGCAGGUCAGUAUUGAACGUCCACAGCAGGUCAGUGGUGAAUGUCCACAGCAGGUCAGUAGUGAACAUCCACAGCAGGUCAGUGGUAUACGUCCACAGCAGGUCAGUGGUAUACGUCCACAGCAGGUCAGUAUAGUAUACGUCCACAGCAGGUCAGUGGUGAACGUCCACAGGUCAGUGGUAUACGUCCACAGCAGGUCAGUGGAAUACGUCCACAGCAGGUCAGUGGUAUACGUCCACAGCAGGUCAGUGGUAUACGUCCACAGCAGGUCAGUGGUAUACGUCCACAGCAGGUCAGUUUAGUAUAUGUCCACAGCAGGUCAGUGGUAUACUUCCACAGCAGGUCAGUGGUAUACGUCCACAGCAGGUCAGUGGUAUACGUCCACAGCAGGUCAGUGGUAUACGUCCACAGCAGGUCAGUUUAGUAUAUGUCCACAGCAGGUCAGUGGUAUACGUCCACAGCAGGUCAGUGGUAUACGUCCACAGCAGGUCAGUAGUGAACGUCCACAGCAGGUCAGCGGUAUACGUCCACAGCAAGUCAGUGGAAUACGUCCACAUCAGGUCAGUGGUAUAUUUCCACAGCAGGUCAGUGCUAUACGUCCACAGCAGGUCAGUGGUGAACGUCCACAGCAGGUCAGUGCUAUACGUCCACAGCAGGUCAGUGGUAUACUUCCACAGCAGGUCAGUGGUAUACGUCCACAGCAGGUCAGUGGUAUACUUCCACAGCAGGUCAGUGCUAUACGUCCACAGCAGGUCAGUGGUGAACGUCCACAGCAGGUCAGUGGUAUACGUCCACAGCAGGUCAGUGGUAUACGUCCAGGGCAGGUCAGUGGUAUACGUCCACAGCAGGUCAGCGGUAUACGUCCAGGGCAGGUCAGCAAUGAACGUCCACAGCAGGUCAGUGGUGAACGUCCACAGCAAGUCAGUGGUAUACGUCCACAGCAGGUCAGUGGUAUACGUCCACAGCAGGACAGUGGUAUACGUCCACAGCAGGUCAGUGGUAUACGUCCACAGCAGGUCAGUGGUAUACGUCCACAGCAGGACAGUGGUAUACGUCCACAGCAGGUCAGUGGUAUACGUCCACAGCAGGUCAGUGGAAUACGUCCACAGCAGGACAGUGGUAUACGUCCACAGCAGGUCAGUGGUAUACGUCCACAGCAGGUCAGUGGUAUACGUCCACAGCAGGUCAGUGGUGAACGUCCACAGCAGGUCAGUGGAAUACGUCCACAGCAGGUCAGCGAUGAACGUCAACAGCAGGUCAGUGGUAUACGUCCACAGCAGGUCAGUGGUAUACGUCCACAGCAGGUCAGCGAUGAACGUCAACAGCAGGUCAGCGGUAUACGUCCAGGGCAGGUCAGUAGUGAACGUUCACAGCAGGUCAGUGGUGAACGUCCACAGCAGGUCAGUGGUGAACGUCCACAGCAAGUCAGUGGUAUACGUCCACAGCAGGUCAGCGGUAUAUGUCCAGGGCAGGUCAGUAAUGAACGUCCACAGCAGGUCAGUGGUAUACGUCCACAGCAAGUCAGUGGUAUAUGUCCACAGCAAGUCAGUGGUGAACGUCCACAGUCUAGCUUAUUCUUACUUGAGCAGAUAGGUCAAAUGUUGUACCAUUUUUUGUCUUUUCUGAGUUAAUUUCCCGGUAGUAUUUGUGAGCCCCCAGCCUAUCACCUGUAUUUCACCAUAUGUACAAUAACAUCUCACUAGGUCACUAGGUACAUAUAUAUAAUAAUGUAUACAGAUUCAUUUCUGUGGUGGGUAUACUCCCCCAGAUUCUUAUUUUGAUUAAUUGACAUGAUUAGUACAACCCUAUGUUUGUGUACAGCCUCGGAUCUGUAAAUCACAGAAAUACUUAAAAAAAAUAUACAAUUGUUUUGUAAAUACUGCCAUUUAUGGAAAAUGAUCUUGAUGUUGAUUUGUCAGGCGUAAAUGAUCUUGAUGUUGAUUUGUCAGGCGUAAAUGUACAAAUCUAAACAUUGCAUACAAAAUAGUUAUUUGAGAUAAAAAA